AUGUCUAACGAGGCCGAAAACACGUCGUUCUUUCAGCGGGAAGCCUGGUAUACCGAUGCGCAAGGCAAGUCUGUGGUCAAUUCGAUUACAUCAACCGUCAUAGAUUACUGGACAGGCGUACCGGCAACAAUAAAUGGCAUGCUGGGUGGUUACGCCUCAGUAACUUCGACUGACACCAAGGCUUCAUCGUUAUUCAUAUCCGAAUUUAUCAAGGGGAAAAGGGGAGCAAACAACCGUAUUCUCAAACCUCCUCGCAUUUCGACUGAUUAUGCAUGUGACUGUGGAGCAGGAAUCGGCCGCGUUUCCAAGCAUUUCCUUUUAAAGCAUUUUAACAAAGUUGAUCUCGUAGAAUACACACCAAAAUUCAUAGAACAAGCCGAAGAAUCUUACUUGGCUAAAGAGAAACAAGAGGGGCGAGUUGGGAGGUUUAUCUGUGAGGGUUUACAGACAUUUACACCCGAAGAAGGGAAAUACGAUUUGAUCUGGUGUCAGUGGGUACUGUCGCAUCUAACUGACGAGGAUUUGGUGUCGUUUCUGGUACGGUGCAAACGAGGUUUGAAAGCGAAUGGUAUCAUUGGAAUAAAAGAGAAUGUUACGGCGGUAGGCUAUAGUUUUGACAAUGAGGACAGUAGUGUUACGAGGCGAGUAAUUGUUGACAACGUAUUUACCAAUAGCUUUCUCAUCGACUCGCGUCAUAAUAUUUAUGCAUAA